CUGAAGCCUUUUUGGGGUAUGCUGACAAACAUUGAUGCGGGUGAUAACGUACGUUGAACGUACAUUUGGGGCACCUGCUCCAAGUGAGUGGUGGGCUAUAGCGCCCUCUGUUGAGCAGCCGCAACCUUGCCUCGUUGAAUACGCUGACUGACAGUUUGACACAGUGCCGGCGGCGUUGAGAUUGUAGUCCUCUGUGUAAAACGCAAACAAAGAAGACAAUAAUGGCGAUAUUCCAUCUGGCUCCACCGAGGCCCCGAGGCCACAAAAUUUCAGCUCAGAAAGAAAAAAAAAAGAAAAAGGGCGUGUAAGGAGAUGUGGGAAACACCAACAAUACCAGAACAGGUUUGUCGGCUAAAUUAGCCUCACUGGCAUUUCCACCUGCUUGCUGCUCCUUUCGUCCCCACCGACGGGGACAAAGAAAAGCGCCCGACGAUUUUUGGAUGGCGGCGACCACUACUCAGUCUAUGGGAAGUCUGCCCAGCGGACUGGCAAUAUGCGUGACCGUGCCGGAUAUGUUCUACCUGCCCGAACUGGUGACAGGUGGGCUGGUGUGGAUCCUGGUGGCGUCCACUCACGUGGAGCCCGCCAACCCUCUGGGCUGGGUGAUGUUCGUGUCUGUCUUCUGCUUCUUCAUGACCCUCCUCUGGGUGGUCCUCUUCAUCGCCGGGUGUCACAAGAACGGCUCGGCGUGGGUCGCCGCUGUAAGGCCACAAGAUUUUGCUUAUCACGCUUUGGCUGCGUUGUUCUACCUCAGUGCAGGGGUCAAUUUAGCCUUCAUCACCUUUAUCAUGAAAUCAGGAGCGCUCCGAAUCUACCAGAUUGACAUCGCUGCUGUGGUGUUUGCCUUCAUGGCCACGCUGCUCUACUUCAUUCAUGCCGUCCUGUCGUCCCUGAGGUGGAAACACUUUUGAAAAAACAACAAUCCUCGAAACGACCAACAUUUCAAUGACCGUAGUAUUAGCAUUUCUUAGUUAGCUUGAACUAGCAUUUUUUUUAGACAGUGGCUUCUUUUCUAUUGCUCUUUCAUAUUCUCAAAAGAAUAAAUAAAUAAAACAAAACAUGUUUGCCAUUUUUUUU